AGGCCGUGCGGGAGUUAAGGGGAGGAGUGAUGUCCUUAUCUGAGGUGAGAGGCUGAGUUGGGGAACACAAGCAGAAAGAAGGGAGGAGGUGGAGGAGACUUGGUCUGCAGAUGUUCAUGCUUCAUGUUGGAAUACGACUAAUGGGCUGAUCUCAACAACAGGAUGAGUGACCACGAGCAGCGCCCCCGCCCCCCCUCCCCGGGCCGCGCGCAGAACGUCAAGCCCCGCCCCGACGGCGGGAAGGGCGGCCGCCUGUCCCUGAGGGGGGUCCGUCGCUCGCUGAGCCUCGGAAGCGAGCGGGGGGUCCCCCACCGACGGACGAGGGAGCGUCACGAGGAGGGCCGCAGCCGGAGGAGGAGCGACACCGAGGCCAGGCGCCGCCGCGCCGCCGCCGCAGCGGGGCCGCCGCGCGGCCACAGGAAGGCCGCCGCGCAGCAGGAGCGCCGGGAGCCCGCCGCGCAGCAGGAGCGCCGGGAGCCCCCCGCGCGGCACGACGACGGCGACGUGGCCGACACCGAGUGCGUCGUGUGCUUCUGCUCCUACGACAACGUCUUCAAGACGCCCAAGCUGCUGGCGUGCGGCCACACCUUCUGCCUGGAGUGCCUGGCCCGCAUCAACGUCUCCUCGGAGGUGCUCACCUCGCUCACCUGCCCCGUGUGCCGCGAGACCACCCGGCUCCCCCACGGCAGCGACCUGCCGCAGCUCGGCAACAACCUGGACGUGUUCCGCCGGCUGCCGCCCAACAUGCAGAAGGCGCUGUCGGUGCGCUUCAAGCGCAGCAAGGGGAAGCUCUUCCUCAGGAAGGCCGCCGGGCCCAGCGUCACGCUGCCCAGGAAGAAGAGGCCAGACGGGGAGGCGUCCUCGGCGCGCGGACCCCCGCCGAGCCUCUUCGAGCUGGAGGGCGCGACGCCGGCGGCCACCAUGAUAGACGUGGGCCAGCCCCCCAGCAGGGUCAGAAGUCGCCUGCGGCAGAUGUUCCGCUCGGACCGCUGCUACAACGCGGUGAUGGCGUCCAUCGUCACCGUCACGGUGGCGUUGAUGCUGUUGGGGGUGCUGGCCUUCGUCAUCGUGCCCAGUAUAGUCGGACGCCCCGACACGGCACCGAGUCAGAACCAAACUGGGACCACGGCGGCCGGAGGUCCGGGCCCCGGAUUCUGACCCCGAAGUAACAAACUCACAGGGACGUAGGACUGAUUUGAAAUCCUGCACUUCUUCUUUACAGUGUACAUCUUGCGCCCGAUAGUGCAUUACUUAUACCCAUAAUGCAAUGUAAAAUAAUUGUACAAAUUACUUGUAAGAAUUAUAUCCCAUGAUGCUGAGCGAAUUGUAAUCGUUGUUUAAUUCUUCCAAUAGAUAUUGUUGGUUUUCGCCAAACAAAAACAAGAAUAAAUGUUAUGAAACCAUUGAAAUCUAUACACUGUAUAAUCGGUGAGUUUGGCUUUACCAAUAUAAUAUAUUAAUAUAAUAUAAUUUUUUUCACAUGGAAUAUUGCUUUUUCUACAUAUUUAAAAUUGAGCAGACGCAUUUAUCUUCCAUACUUGAUGUGUAUUACGAGAGUUAAAUAUAUUUUUUUAUUUCUUCUCAUUGUCCUUCAAUGGUGGCGGGUCUUUUGCAUCCAACCGCCAAAAGUCCCCUAUGGGCUAGUUGUUUCCGCCAGAGUUUCACAAGCAGGCAUUCAGUUACAGCUUGUGUCUCCGAGUCAUGACGUGGCUCUUCGACAACAAUAAAUAUGCUGUCAAAUACUGUUCAGCCUGCCACCGACCAAGAGUUCCGCUCAGACUCAGUUACAAACAUCAACAAGCAGCCUCAGGCAGGAUGAAAUUGAUUUUAAUCCGCAUGUCCUCUAUAAUUGAAGUCGCACCUUACAGCCACACUGACAAUGUGGUGGAGUAUUUUAAAAGGUCUAAAUCUAAAGGUGAAUAAGAAGUAAAUAAUGAAAUGGAGGGUUAUGAAGGACGGAAAACCUUGUAGAUAGCACAUGAAUUACUUUCAGAUUGAUUAUAUAUUUAUAGGUCGCACCUGUAACUUUCAAUAAAGCAAUGUUACAAAAUA